AUGGCAACAAAAUGGAUUGCUGAUACAUCUUUGAUUGCAAGAAAUGCAAAGGGACUGGAGGUUUCAAUCAAGCUUGUCUCUAGUGUGUCUUGUGUCCUUGGAACUCGUACCAAACUCCUCACAUAUGAUGGGCCCUCUGUCAAUCAAGUGUCUUUACCUCGUAAUUUUGAACCCAGUGCUGUUGUGUCAUCGUCAGUAACUGUCUUGGGAACAAACUUCGGUUAUUUCCACCAGACCCCGGCAAGCAGGACAGGAAGCUCCUGCAACUCAGCGACUUUCUGGAUCUCCAACACAGCUCUCUACGCAAAGGUUUCCAAUGGAAUCUCUUUCACUGAAGAAUACAUGGUCACAGUUGCAGUUGCAAGAUUCGGCACAUUGACCGAGGUUAUGAGCUUCGAUUCUCCCUCACUCAGCCUUGCAACGCCUCCGAACAGUCCCACGUCAGGCGGGAAGAGCAUGACAAUCAGGGGAAGAGACUUCGGAGCGUUUGAUCAUUCGUCAAAGGCACGAGUAGCAGCUGACACAAAUACCAGAGUCAUAUCGAUGAAUGGGGGAACCGCCUUGGAGGCGACCAAAUGGUUUUCUGCUACUAUCAUCGUUUGUAGGUUGCCACGAGGAUUGCUGUCGAAUUAUCCCAUUGCUUUGAGCAUUGCUUCUAGAGUAUCUACCAUCUCUCAGACCUUGACGUACGACAUGCCUACAAUCUACGCGAGCAUAGAUCCCAAUGGCCCUUCUGCGGGAGGCAGCACUUCUCUUGUGUUGGGAUCUAAUCUUGGAUGGAUAGAUACCUCCUUGUCCCUGCGGAUCGGCGGUACCAACUGUUACACAACGCAAUGGUUGUCUGGAAGCAGCGUGACUUGCUUGAUCCCUCUUGGAGAUGGCAUCAUGAGGGACAUCGCGGUCACCUUAUACAGAAUGAAAGCGACGCUAUCUUUGGCAUUUAGCUACAAUUCCAUAGUCUUAGACUUCGCGCAACCGCAGACUAGCAACAUUCCCCCCAAUUCAACGACAAGUUUGACAGCCUUGGGCAAGAACUUUGGGAAUGAUCCUGUCUUAGCUGGCAGUCCAAAUCUGAGAGUAGGAGGGACGUCUUGCAUGGCGACGACGUGGGUUUCUGAUUCUUCACUCACUUGUGCUGCAAGCAGCGGGUUGGGGGGCAGCAAGUCUAUCACCUUGACUAACAGAGGGCGAACAAGCACAGUCUCCAACAGCAUCACCUUUGACAAUCCUAAUGUACUCAGCAUUUUGCCUCUCAAUACCACGUACAAUUCGUCAUCCCCCUACUUGAUUGCCAUUCGCAGCUAUUCCUUAUUCACAACUCUAUCGGCUAAGAUCUCUGGAACCUCCACUAGGAUGUCAGAAUGGACCUCGGAAUCUAGUGUGCUAUGUAUGACAAGCACUGGCUUUGGAAUGAGCAAAUCGAUUGUGAUAACAACAUCGAUACAACCUCAAUCUCUCUCGCAAGUCUUCACGUAUUCGUCACAUUUCUUGAGCAUCGGUCAUCCCACAAAUGGUCCCAAAAUUGGUUUUACGGAACUGACCUUGCAUGGAUCCUCGUUCGGAACGGGAGAUCGAUCAGCUUCGGCCCGGAUUUUAAGUUCUUCAGAUGAUUUGUAUUUGACGUACGGAACGAGCGCUUCAACUACGUGGCUCUCUGAUACCGCUCUGCUUGCCUUGACUUGUCGAGGUUUAUCCUCGAAAGCCUCGAUCACUGUCUCACUAGAGAUACGAGUGAAUACUCUUUCGGCUGUUUUCUCUUACGAUGCCUUUCUAGACUUUGUUUUGACCCAUCCAAAUGCCCCACUCUCAGGGGGAGUGCGGACUACAGUCACAGGACAAAAUUUCGGUUGGUUAGAUCUGACACCAGCUUUGACAAUAGGGGGCAGCAUUUGUCAAGGUACAACCUGGCUUUCAGACAGUACCAUUGAGUGUACCUUCUCUCGUGGAGACAAGUAUUUGUUUCCGACUACCAACUCUACUGGGGAGCUUCUCGCUUUGACAAUCAACAAUUUGACGCAAACGAACCGACGCUACACGCUCUCCUACGAUUCCCCCAGCAUGUUCUUGAUAUCAGGAACAAAUCUCCGAAGUAGGGGACAGUCUCUAAUCAGCAUCUACGGAAGCAACUUUGGAGUGCUCAGGGACCUUUCAGUGCACACCCGAGUUGGUUUCACUUCCGCUGAAUUGUCAGAGUGGACAUCAGACACUGCGGUCAUCGGCCAUUGCGCUUCCGGCGUGUCUGGCUUACUCUCAGUUGAGGUGACUGUAGUAGGAACUUUGAGUACAAUAUCGGAAGCUGUCACAUACGCUCGCCCAUCGAUCAAUUACAUCUCUCCCAUCUUUGAUCAGCCUGGCGGAGGGGAGACGGUCAAUAUCACUGGCCAGAGCUUUGGAGUUUCAGAUUACACGCCCAAGGUCUUCGUCGACUUUAAUCCUUGCUUGAUUAGCAUCUGGACAAGUGACUCUGCCAUCAGCUGUACAGUUCCGAGAGGCUACGGGCCCGGUCAAGGAGUCGCUGUGGCAGUGGGAGAUGAAUUUGGUACACCUUCGAUUGUGUUCGAAUACUUGGAUCAAACCAUUCUGGAUCAAGGGGAUGUUCCGCUUGCUUCUCACGCGUUCCUUGCACUCUGGCUUCGGGCAGACUCUUUGAUCACAACAUCUGAUGCAAACCUCAACUAUCAGGGAGACUUCAAUUGGUCUGAUUUCAGGAGCACAGGGUUGCCUGCAGUGGUAGUGAACGGACCAGAAAUCUUGAAGCGGCAAAUCAACGACUUGCCUAUUGUCCGAUUAUCAGCUAAUCGGUCGAAUGGGAUCAAGCUUCCCGCUACCUUACAUUCCAUCUUCGGGCCAGGAGCCCUCGUGAACAGACAGUUUUGCAUCUUCUAUGUUGUAAAGAUUUCUUCCUUCGAUGAAAUUGGCAUGAAUCUGCUUUUUGCUGGAAAUGACCAAGGGAGCUCAUUCUUCUCAUUCAGUGUCCUCCCCGUCGAUGGCACACACGAACAUGUCAUGCGUAUCAUGAUUGAUUCAAACCUCGUGCAAAAACAGGACAGAAACAUGACAGCGGAGCGGCGGUACUCCAUCUUUGUUUUGGCACACGAUGGCUUCGAGAUGAAGACGUACAAGGGUUCAAGCUUGAGUCCAAUUAGACUUGUUCACAACCUCGAUGGCACCGAAGGAGUCUUUCCCUUCUCUAGCAUCAUCAAUGGCAAGACCAUUCUAAGUGAAGUUCCAAUCAUCAACCAAGUGUCAAUCGGCUGCAGGAAACAAGGGAACACGACUACAGGAUGUACGAAUGCUGACAUAGCUGAAGUCCUCCUAUACGAUACCAUGUUGACUGCAGAAGAUUUGGAUCGAGUCGCAGGAUAUCUCAGUCGCAAGUAUGACCUGGAUUGGCAGUUCUCGACUGGCCCGACCAUCUUGUCAGUAUCGCCGACAAAUGGCCCGACGACCGGCGGAUCAUAUGUCACAAUCUCCGGCGCAGCCUUUGGGAAUAAGGAAUCUAACAUCCGAGUCACGUUUGCACAGAAGAACGCGACCCUCAUAGGAUUCUCAACCUACGAGAGAAUGGUGAAUUACAACACACAGAUAAUCGUCACCAGUCCUCCUGGAGUAGGUUUCGUGCAGAUCCGGAUCCACGUGUUCGGUGUUCCGACAUUCCUCGACAACGCUUGGCGGUACGACGCCCCUGAGAUCCUUCAGCUCCAGCCGUCCACCGCGCCGGCCUCGGGAGGGACUUUCGUGUCUCUCAUCGGGACAAACUUUGGAGAAGUCCAUGACAAUGCUGUUGUGGUGGUAGAGUCAAAGAAAGGAAGAAAAGAAUGCGAUCAAACGGUUUACAUCUCAAACACACUGCUCCUGUGCAAAGUGCCUGCCAGUACUUUCGAGUCUGCGAAUGUCAUCAUUGCAGUGGGGCAGCAGAAGAGCAAUGCAGCGGAUGUGCUCUACUACGGCAUCCCGUCAAUCUUCGAUUGUUGGCCACAAACGCUUGAUUGCAUGGACUGCUGCGAGCAGCGGUGUACUUGGGAACAGGUGAGGGAGCAGACGGCCAACGUAUUUGUCAAGGCGACAGAGCCGUUGAAGGUGUAUGUCAAGCUGAGCACUCUCAAGUCUUCUGGCUUUGUGAUUGCCUGGGAACCUCCUUUGGACGACGGCGGCAGCACCAUCCUCUAUUACUCCAUCUCCUUUGUCAUCAACGGAAAGGAGCACAUCGGCAGGACCAUCGCCCAAGAGACAAGCUACGAGUUCCGUGGGCUCCCGUCCGAGACUUCGAUCGACAAUAUUCUCGUCCGAACGGUAACUAAGUUUGGCUUCGGAAGUCCCAGCAAGCCCCCAGCCAGCGCCAAGACUCUUUAUGCGACGCCGCCGUCGCAACCACUCGCUUUCAGGGUCGAGCAACAAAACUGUUACAGCGUUCAGAUCGCUUGGGAUGUUCCGGUAGAUCUCGGUGGAAGGCCACUCGAAGGGUACGAUUUGAAAUGGCGUGUAAGGGGUAAGCUUUCCUCGGCAACGCUCAGUGGUACCAACAGAACAUACACCAUAGAGAAAGUCAACAGUCCAACUAUUGAUCUGAUAUCUCUGAGCAGCUUCAACGAUGUUGGUACCAGUGAGCCUGCGACAGUGAGGAAUCUCUCCCUGCCUUGCUCAAGUUUCCCCGUGAUAUCAGACAUCAACAAUGUGGUUGUUGGUGCUGGGGAAGUUUCAGAAGAAAUUUCUUUCGUAAUUAACGAUCUUGAAACUUCUCCUAUGUAUCUGAAAGUGAUCGGCAAAUCUUUGAAUGAGAGCUAUCUGUCUUCGUCGAAUAUCAUCAUCGGUGGACUCGGAAAGGACAGGAAUGUGAAGAUUUUGUGUGAACGGGGAUGGGAGGGAUAUGUUGUGGUCAAGAUCACAGUCAUUGAUGAAGACGGCAUGUAUUCCUUCACAUUCUUUCAAGUACGAAUCAGGCAGAGCGUCUUCUGCAUCAGUCCUUCCGAGGGCUUUGCUCAAGGAGGUUCGACUGUCACGGUCUUGGGAGCUGGCUUCAGCGCCUUGUCGUCUUACAGCUGCUACUUCCAGUGCAGCCUAACAGGCCGAUGCACGUCCUCAGCAACAUUUCAGAAUUCCUAUCAGAUCACUUGCAAUGUGCCGCCAAGUCAAGGUUCGGCGUUGUCGUCAGCCGUCGAUGUUUACGUAGACGGUCAACUUGUAAAACCUUCAUCGUUCGCAACGUCAAUCCAGUCGCUUCAAACUUGCAGUCAGGCGUCGAUGACAUUCCGAUACGUCGAGGCCUGGGCAAGCGCAUCUUACAGCAGCACUGAGAAUCUUCUGCUCGUGACGGGAGGCGGGUUUGAAGUUGGCGGGGAAUACACUUGUGUGUUCACAUCGGAACGAGAGGCCACUACAUUCCUGUCCUCACCUGCUGCCUGUCUAUCGGACCAGCUGAUAUCUUGUGAGUUGCUCACGUUGGGAUCCGCCAUGGCAACGGGCAGGGCUGCCUUCACUCUCAGACACGCGUCCGUCCUCGUUCCUAAGGUCGGAGGGCAGGUGGAGUACAUCUCAGUCCCGCAGUCAUGGGCCCUACUCUAUCCCUCCAGCGGUCCAUCGCGAGGAGGGACGCAAAUAGUGGUGGAGGGGGAUGGAUUUGACUCCUUUGCGGUAGACGCGAGCUACCGCUGCUCCUUCCGUGACCCAGGAGGAAACGUUGCCUUCUCCCCCGUCGUCCCCGCUCUAUCUCCCAACACCAUCCGAUGCGUUAGCCCGGACUGGGGUCGCCACAAUAUAGCUGGACGCACAACCAUGUCGGUGGAGGAUACCAAGAGAGGAGUGACGGUAGCGUACAAGGGGCUGAGCGGGCAGAAUACUUUUGUCUUCUCCUCCUCCUGGACUGACGUCGCAAGCUCGUUGGUUGCGGCAGCGAAUGGUCAAGUCAUCUUCACCGCCUCGGGUCUCAACACCUCAGACUUGUACCGCUGCAUCUUGUCCCUCAACUCCUCCAGAUACUCCUCGGCCUGGAAGGUGCCGCCAACCGUCUCCACCUUCGCAUGCGACAUCGUCAACUUCGGCGAUUUCUAUCCGGCACAGUCAGCCACCGUUGAGCUCCAAGGCGACGUCACCGGCGUGGUGGCCUUCCAAGGACAAGAGGCUUCUCGUACUGUGAGGAUGAUUGAGGCCUGGGUCUCCAUCUCUCCCGGUCAGGUGCUGGCAGGUCAAAGUUUCGAGCUCACGUUCAGAGCUUCCAGCUUGCUCAGCAACGUCGUGUAUGAGUGCGUCUUGACGUACAGGAGCAGCUCAGGCUACUGGUCGUCGCUCUACACCCCCAUCGAGUGGGAGGACCAGUCCAACCUCAUCCUCAACCAGCACUCCAGCAGCUCCUGUGUAGUCGCUUCGCUCACGGCUGUGACCUGCUCCUUCUCCUCCUGGCCUCGCGAUUUCCCAGCUCGCGUCACCUCUGUCGUGCUCAAGACAGCCUCCUAUCAGGUCAUGUACACCGGCAAGCUCGGCGGCGACAGUUUGAACAUCAAGGCAGUCUGGAAUCAGUUCUACCCCUCCAUGUCAGGCUUCCUCGGGGGUGCUCAGGUGACUGUCAGUGGGUUCGGCUUUGACCCUUCAACCGUCUACUUCUGCCGGGUGGACGGCAAGUCGUCCUACAAGACGUCCAUCGCGGCUCGGCCCCUCAACUCCACCAUGCUCAUCUGCAAGUCUCCUGCUUGGAUGGAGGCCGUCGCACUUGCGCAGCAGGUGGAUGGUAAGGCAACACUGUACGCGAACUUCUCCGUCUUGUCCGCAUCCCUGGAGACGCUGGAAAGCUCGAGCGCGUCGAAGAGCUUCAUGUAUCAGUAG